AUGUGCACUGGAACACUGGCAGCGCCUGGAUAAGGAUCCAUGCUGAAAACUCAAAAAUAAGGAUGCUGAAAAAACAAGGAUCCAAUGUGAAACAAAAGCUGAUAAAUUAAUACAACUCUGCUGUUAUACCACGCUUCAGAAUAUCCUCGUCUCAAAGCGUGUACACGUCCCCAUAGCAACGGCUUGGUCUCGCGAUGUCCACAGGCUAGUGUGUUCGCGUUUGAAGGAGUUUCCAAGGGGGCUUCUUCCGUUGGAGAGACAGUGAGAGAAACCGACAAUCGUUUCUGUCUUCCAGGCGUCUGAGGCUUAUAACAAGGGCAUGGGUUGUUUUAAAAAUAUCAACACAUACAGUCUUCGAGCAAAGUGUUCUGAAAAUAUCUAACAUUACGCUGUUUCGGAUGAACACAAGGGAAGUUUCGUUUUUGGCGGGUUACUUUAAAACAGACAUCUGGCAUGGUGGACUAACUUAAUCUAGCUAGCUAAAUGUGUCUAAAAGUCGUCUUCCGUAGCUCGGAAAAUACGUUUCUUUCGAUGUACGAUUGUAUGAACGCAGUUUUUGUUGUUUAAGGUUACGUUACCGGAUAUAUCAGAUAUUUUAUCGCCGAACAUGUCUGUAGUUUUGGAUGAAGUAAUUAAAAUAUGCAAAGCAGAAGAGGCAAAGCUCACUGAAAGGAUCCGACAGUGCAAAGACAUUUUACGUUCAAUGAAGACGCUUGUGAACGAUAGCAGUGCUAUAGACGAAUCAACCAGCCCUGAUGUCAAAUAUGAUGACAUGCUUCUGAAAGAUCAGCAAGAAAUUGAACUACUGGAACAAGUUCUGAAAAGGGCAUUAAAAAUUCGCAGCGGCUCUGCAGUGCCCAGAGACCUUGGUGCUGACUUGCAUGAAAAAAAGCAGUCAAAAACCAGUCACAGUAAAGUACCCAUUAAAAACACUGUUAAAGAUGCUGAUAAAAUAAAAACACAAACGUUAUCAUCCUCCACUGAGGUGCAAGGAAGAGGUCACCAGCGAGGAGGAUCACUGAAAGGUGUUGCUGUAUGUGGACCUGUUCCUGUGAAACCUGUACUAGUCAAGAGAGGACCGUCACCUCAGGCCACCACCAGAGGGAAACUGCUGGUAACAAAACCUGCUCCAGCACAGGUCUUGGAAGACCAAAAAAGGUCCUGUCAGCCAGCCACUCAUUCCAAAGACUCAUAUAGAGAAAUGAUAGUAGGUGUACCUUCUGAAGACAAGGAGUUAAAAACAAGUAGUCAGAUGUCUUCUCCAAAGGAGCAAUGGGUGCCUUCCCCAUUGUUGCCAGUAUGGAGAGCACAAAGGGCCAAAAAGAACAGUCUGUGGAAUAAAGUUCUGACCCGACACCCCAAGCCUGUACCUGAGCGAUCUCACUUUAAGGAGAGACUUAUCAGCACCUUCCCAGUGGAAUGGCCCUCUGACCAGGCAGCAGCCGGAGGAGCAGAGCUGGACGCCCUCACACAGCUGGGGCUGGACCUGACUCACUGUUAUCAUGCUGAGCUCCAGAACUGUCAGCUUUUAUCGGCCUUCGUGCCGGGCAAGGAUCCAGAAACAUUGAUGGAGAGGGAUUAUGAAUCUUGGCUAAUGCUGGAGGGACUGGAAAGAAUGAUGGCCAAAGUCAUUAAGCAUGCUGACCACCUUAAAAAAGAUUGGGAGAGGAAGGUUGGGGGGCCACUGUUCCCGCUCCGUACGAGAGGUGAGUGGGGUGACCUGAAGACAUCCUGCCUGCCCCCCCUGCUAUUCUACAGCACUGAAGCUGAGUUGGAGGAGCUGGACACUCUGAGGCUCCGAGUUGAUCAGCUACAACUGGAGAUUCGCCUGCACCAGGCCAUAUCUGAUACUCUCACACACAGUCUGACCUCUCAGCAGUCUUCAUCUGAGUGUCCCAAUGCUACUGCACUACGUGGCCAGUAUUCACUCCUUGGAGAGGGGGGUGCACGGUUUCCUGCCCUGGUUUUGGACUCUGAGCCAGACCAAAAAUGAACAAAGACUGCUGUUCAGUAUUAACUGGACCUCAUGUCUCUCAGGACACAGUAGUAAAACCGGACCCUUUUAGGACCCUGAGAACUGAUUUGAGGUCAUCUUCCUAAACAUCAAUUUAGAAGAGAUUUUUUGUGAGCUGCUUGUGUCUGACAGAUGUUUGCUCAAAUGCCUCUUAUCUACUGUGUUAAAUGCUGGGAUCUGAGAGUCUGCAGCUGCCCUGACGAAGCAGGAAUAAAGCUGCCAGCUGGUGUUCUUCUGUCAUUAACGGCUCUAUCUUCCUUUUGCUAAUGCUGUUUUUUCCCCAUUACUGCAGGAGCUGAUUUGGUAGCUUACUGAAAGCUUUUCAUCCUAAGGCUGAAAGUUUCUCUCACAAAUAUAGCAAUACAUGCAGAGUAGCCUCAUGGGGUACAUGGUGCUGAGUUAUCACCAGCAGAGAGCACUGUGCUUAUAUUUUGGUCAAUCCCUUUGUAUUUUAUACUCUGGGUAUGGCAGCAUAUUCUGGACUUUAUUCAGAUUCAAAUGCAAAUUUGAAAAAGGCUAGUUCAGUUUUGUUUUUAGAAUUGCAUUUCCCAUAUGAGUGUGUAUUAUUUAGGAUAUAAUUCAAAUGCAGAAUGUGCGUUUGUGUUUCUGCGCAUAAGCUGUAAAGGUUAAUAUGGAAAAGCAAAGUGAAAACCUUUCAUUUUCAUUGUUUUAAUGGUCUGACUCUGGCAUAUUAAAAACAGAAUAACAAGCACCCAUUUCAACUACAUUUCCUUAUCAUGAUGCUUCAG